ACUUCUAAAGACUCUUGGUCCAUGAGGAAGAAACCCGGAAGAGGAAGAGGAAAGCAGAGGAGUCAGGGAUGGCUCUUCCUCAGGGUCUAUUGACAUUCAGGGACGUGGCCAUAGAAUUCUCUCAGGAGGAGUGGAAAUGCCUGGACCCUGCUCAGAGGACUCUAUACAGAGACGUGAUGCUGGAGAAUUAUAGGAACCUGGUCUCCCUGGAUAUCUCUUCCAAAUGCAUGUUGAAGACAUUGUCAUCAACAGGGAAAGGCAAUACAGAAGUGAUCGUCACCGGGACAUUGCAAAGACAAGCAAGUCAUCACACUGGAGAAUUUUGCCUCCAUGAAAUUGGGAAAGACACUCAUGACUUCGACUUUCAGUGGAAAGAAGAUGAAACAAAUGGCCAUGCAGCACCCACGAUGGAAAUCAAAGAGUUGACUGGUAGUACAGAGCGACAUGAUCAAAGGCAUUCUGGAAACAAGCCUAUUAAAGAUCAGCUGGGAUCAAGCUUUCAUUCGCAUCUACCUGAACUGCACAUAUUUCAGCCUGAAGGGAAAAUUCGUAAUCAAGUUGAGAAAUCUGUCAACAAUGCUUCCUCGGUUUCAACAGCCCAAAGAAUUUCUGAUAGGCCCAAAACCCUUAUUUCUAGUAAGUAUGGAAAUAAUUCCCUCCAUUCUUCAUUACUCACACAAAAAUGGGAAGGACACAUGAGAGAAAAAUCUUUCGAAUGUACCGAGAGUUUCAAAUCCUUUAAUUGUAGCUCACUCUUAAAAAAACACCAGAUAAUUCACUUAGAAGAGAAACAAUGUAAAUGUGAUGUAUGUGGGAAGGUCUUUAAUCAGAAGCGAUACCUUGCAUGCCAUCGUAGAUGUCACACUGGUGAGAAACCUUACAAGUGUAAUGAGUGUGGCAAGACCUUUGGUCACAAUUCAUCCCUCUUCAUCCACAAAGCACUUCAUACCGGAGAGAAACCUUAUGAAUGUGAAGAAUGUGACAAAGUUUUCAGUCGCAAAUCACACCUUGAAAGACACAAGAGGAUUCAUACUGGAGAGAAACCAUACAAAUGUAAGGUUUGUGAUGAGGCUUUCGUGUAUAAUUCAUAUCUGGCAAAGCAUACUAUACUUCACACUGGAGAGAAACCUUACACAUGUAAUGAAUGUGGCAAGGUUUUUAAUCGACUAUCAACCCUUGCACGCCAUCGUAGACUUCAUACUGGAGAGAAACCUUACAAAUGUGAAGAGUGUGACAAAGUUUUCAGUCGCAAAUCACACCUUGAAAGACAUAGGAGGAUUCAUAGUGGAGAGAAACCAUACAAAUGUGAAGAAUGUGACAAAGCUUUCCAGAGGGAUUCACACCUGGCACAACAUCAGAGAGUUCACACUGGAGAGAAACCUUACAAAUGUAAUGAGUGUGGCAAGACCUUCCGUCAGACAUCAUCCCUUAUAAUCCAUCGUAGGCUUCAUACUGGAGAGAAACCUUACAAGUGUAAUGAGUGUGGCAAGACCUUCCAUCACAAUUCAACCCUUGUAAAUCACAGGGCCAUUCAUACUGGAGAGAAACCUUACAAGCGUAAUGAAUGUUUCAAGAUUUUUAAUCAAAAAGCAACCCUUGCACAUCAUCAUAGACAUCAUACUGCAGAGAAACCUUACAAAUGGGAGGAAUGUGACAACGUGUUCAGUCAUGAGUCAAACCUUGAAAAACAUAAGAAGAUUCACACUGAAGAGAAACCAUACAGAUAUAAAAUUUUGAAACCUUACAAAUGUCAUGAUUGUGGCAGGGUCUUCAGUCAAGUUUCAUCCUACGCAAAACAGGAAAUUCAUACAGGAGAGAAAGCUCGCAAGUUUGAUGAUUGUGGCAAAGCCUUUACUUCACGUUCACACCUCAUUAGGCAUCAGAAAAUCCAUACUGGACAGAAAUCUUACAAAUGUCAUCAGUGUGGCAAGGUCUUCAGUCUGAGGUCACUCCUUGCAGAACAUCAGGCAAUUCCUUUUGGAGACAGUUGUUUCAGAUGCAAUGAGUAUAACAAACCAUCAAACAUUAAUUGACAUUAGAGUCAAAUCAGCCUUGACCUGAGUUUGAGUUGACUUAACAUUGAGUUCAAGCAUUAAUUACCAUUAAACUGUUUAUGUUAAGAGGAUUGUGCUGGGGGCCAUGGCCCAUGCUUGU